CUGGGGCAGCCGCCGUGGGCGGCGUCACUGAGCCGCGCCAGGUGAGCCUUGUAGAACCCAGUCCGUCUCUACUACCUUGUCCGGGGCUCGCUCAUUUUCCCGGCGUCCGUCGACCCCGCUUCCAUGUCACCGGUGGGCGCAGCACCCCGACACCUUCACGCCCAUGGCCACUAGCCUGAGGAGGCCCUCUUUCACCACCUGUUCUUCCCCUAGCGACACGGACGACGAGGGCGUGCGCGGCACUUGCGAAGAUGCUUCUAUAUGCAAGAGGUUUGCAGUGAGCGUUGGCUACUGGCAGGACCCUUACAUCCAGCAUUUGGUGAGACUAUCUAAAGAGAGGAAGGCCCCGGAAAUUAACAGAGGAUAUUUUGCUCGAGUCCAUGGCGUCAGCCAGCUUGUAAAGGCAUUUCUACGGAAGACAGAAUGUAAUUGUCAAAUUCUAAACCUCGGGGCUGGGAUGGAUACCACCUUCUGGAGGUUAAAGGUUUGUACAGAUUUUUCUUGGUUCUUCUAUCAGGAUGAAGAUCUUCUACCAAGUAAAUAUUUUGAAAUCGACUUUCCAAUGAUAGUCACGAGAAAGCUGCACAGCAUCAAAUUGAAACCUCUCCUAUCAAAACCCAUUUUAGACUUACAUUCAGAGGACACACUUCAAAUGGAUGGGCACAUAUUGGAUUCAACAAGAUAUGCCAUCAUUGGAGCAGAUCUCCGAGAUAUACAUGAACUGGAAGAGAAACUAAAGAAAUGUAACAUGAAUACACAAUUGCCAACCCUCCUGAUAGCUGAGUGUGUGCUGGUUUACAUGACUCCGGAGCAGUCUACAAACCUUCUCAAGUGGGCAGCCAAGAGUUUUGAGACUGCCAUGUUCAUAAACUACGAACAGGUGAACAUGGAUGACCGGUUUGGGCAGAUCAUGAUUGAGAACCUGCGGAGACGACAGUGUGACCUGGCGGGAGUGGAGACCUGCAAGUCGUUAGAGUCUCAGAAAGAACGGCUCCUGUCGAGUGGGUGGGAAUCGGCAUCAGCCAUCGACAUGAUGGAAUUAUACAGCAAGUUACCUCGUGCCGAAGUGAGCAGAAUAGAGUCCCUUGAAUUCCUGGACGAAAUGGAGCUUCUUGAACAACUGAUGCAGCAUUACUGCCUUUGCUGGGCCACCAAAGGAGGAAGUGAACUGGCUUCUGUGUGUUUCCUCCCAGGCUUGAAGGAAAUAACUUACUGAUCUGUUCAAGACUCGUGCUGAGCCGGAGCUGAAGCCACUGACCUUUCAGGAGUUGAGUCUCCGAGUUUCCUGAGUGGUGGUUAGGCCUCGGCUACCAGUCUCCCCGCUCGCCGAGAGACCUCACUGACCGAGGUGCUUGUACCAGUUCCUGUUCCUGUCGGCUUUUACCGUUUAAAUAAAUCUCAGUUGCCAUUG